AUGAGAAAACUACACCUCCCGUCCCGCCUGCUUUUCACCUACCAAGCAGGAAACGACGUGUCGGGCGCCGGCUUUUCCAGCAAGGAGGCGUGGCUUCCGAGAACAGGCGAACCAGAACGGCGAGGGGCGCCGGGGCCGCUGGUAGCAGAUGAAAGGACCAAUCAGGCCUUGGGGCGUGUCCUGCUCCGGAAGUGGGCGCGGCCUAGGAGGGAAAACGCUGGGAACGGGCCGGAGGUCCCCGCCUGGAGGACGCCCUCUGCACGAUCGGCUGCCAACCAGGAGCCCAGCCCCGCCACAGAGAGCCCGGACACCGGCCUGUACUACCACCGGUACCUCCAGGAGGUCAUCAAUGUGCUGGAGACAGACGGGCACUUCCGGGAGAAGCUGCAGGCCGCCAAUGCCGAGGACAUCAAGAGCGGGAAGCUGAGUCGAGAGCUGGACUUUGUCAGCCACCAUGUCCGCACCAAGCUGGAUGAGCUGAAGCGGCAGGAGGUGUCACGGCUGCGGAUGCUGCUCAAGGCCAAGAUGGACGCCAAACAGGAGCCCACUGUGCAGAUGGAUCACCUGAAUCUCCUGAAGCAGUUUGAACACCUGGACCCUCAGAACCAGCACACGUUCGAGGCCCGGGACCUGGAGCUGCUGAUCCAGACAGCCACCCGAGACCUUGCGCAGUACGAUGCAGCCCAUCAUGAAGAGUUCAAACGCUAUGAGAUGCUCAAGGAACACGAGAGACGCCAGUACCUGGAGUCCCUGGGAGAGGAGCAGCGGAAAGAGGCAGAACGGAAGCUGGAAGAGCAACAGCGCCGGCACCGGGAACACCCCAAAGUCAAUGUGCCAGGCAGCCAAGCGCAGUUGAAGGAGGUAUGGGAGGAACUGGACGGAUUGGACCCCAACAGGUUUAACCCCAAGACCUUCUUCAUCUUGCAUGAUAUCAACAGCGAUGGGGUCCUGGAUGAGCAGGAGCUGGAGGCCCUCUUCACCAAGGAGCUGGAGAAGGUGUAUGACCCAAAGAACGAGGAGGAUGAUAUGCGGGAGAUGGAGGAGGAGCGGCUGCGCAUGCGGGAGCACGUGAUGAAGAACGUGGACACCAACCAGGACCGCCUUGUGACCCUGGAGGAGUUCCUCGCCUCCACCCAGAGGAAGGAGUUUGGGGACACCGGGGAGGGAUGGGAGACUGUGGAAAUGCACCCUGCCUACACGGAGGAGGAGCUGAGGCGCUUCGAGGAGGAGCUGGCUGCCCGAGAGGCCGAGCUGAACGCCCAGGCCCAGCGCCUCAGCCAGGAGACCGAGGCCCUCGGGCGGUCACAGGACCAGCUGGUAGCCCAGAGGCGAGAGCUGCAACAGGCCGUUCUGCAAAUGGAGCAGAGGAAGCAGCAGCAGCAAGACCAAAACCCGCCCCCUGCCAACCCCCAGGGGCAGCUCAAGUUCCACCCAGACACAGAUGACGUUCCUGUCCCAGCUCCAGCCGGUGACCAGAAGGAUGUGCAGGAUUCUGGGAAGAAGGCUCCUGAGCAGCCUCCUGCAGGGCCCCAGUUGGAUUCCCAGCACCUCUGACCCUCAGGGCCCUGCCUUCCGAGUUGCUGCCGGAUGAAGUGUCACCAUCAGCCUUCUCUGGACGGCCACACACGUGACCUCGGAGGAAGGGACGCAGUGACACCCAUACAUUGCUGCUUAGACCCACGUGUGCCCUUCUCUGCCAGUCUCAGUGUCUGCAGCCUCCAAGUCGUGGUUUGUCUCUCCGUCUCCUCCGGAGCGCCUGUCCCCUUCCCACAUGGUCUGGCCUCCGCUGCUAAUCUGGGUCCCUUGGGUACCCUGCGGCCGUGCAGAGCCGUACCUGCCACUCGGGGUGGUUUGUGGGGGCUGGGGUGGAUCCUCAAGACCUGCUGCUGCCUUCUCUGGACCAGCAGUGCCCUGGGUCCCCUCCAGGGAUGCUAAGGCCAAGGUCCUUGGUGUGACUGGCAGGGCUGUCCCUGCGCCUGGCUUCCAGCCGCCUCGUCACCAGCCCUGAAGUUGGCCCCAGCCGCUGUUCUGACCGCUUGCCCUGCUCUGUGCCCUGCUCAGCCCUCCAGUUCCACCCAAAUACACUUCCGGGAACAAAUCCA